GCUGUGUACCACGGAGCACCGCCCAGCCACCCAAGACUGCCCAAGUCUCCCAGCAGCUGGUCGGGCUUCCGUGGCCUCGCUCCCCUCAUACGCCGAGGCCCGAUCAUCCACCGACCCACCGCCCCCCUACGGCGCGCGCGCGCGCUCUCUCCCUUCCAGGCGCGGGCCUUGCCCGAGCUGGUCCGCAAAAAGGGAAGUUUAGUAAGAGCGCAGCAGUAAAAGACCCCCACCCGCCAGCCUUGUCGCGGCUCAGCCUGGCGCCGGCGCUGCCUAGGCGAGCCCUUCCCCGCCCACCUUUCCGUGCGAGGCAAACAUCCGCCCUAGCGUGGCGGAAGGGAAGCAAAAGGCGAGCCUGGAGCCGCUCAGAAAGAAGCGGAGGCAGCGCGGCGAAAGGGACGGUCGCCAGACUGCUCUGGCCGGCCGCUGCACCAUGGACGCCUUCUGCGGAUCCAGUUUCUGGGAUCCCAACCUUACGCUGCACACUGACAGCCCAGACCUAACACCAUGUUUCCAGAUGACUGUUGUGGCGUGGGUCCCGUGCUUCUAUCUUUGGUGCAUCUUGCCCUUUUAUCUCCUUUAUCUAAAAUGCAACAACCGAGGCUACAUUGUACUGUCUGUGCUGAGCAGGUUUAAAACGGUCUUUGCUUUUGUUCUCUGGUGUGUUUGCUGGGCCAAUCUCUUCUACGCUUUCCAUGGAAUUGUUCAGAGCAGAACCCCAGCACCUGUAUAUUUUGUUACACCCUUACUUGUUGGCAUCACAAUGCUGUUAGCCAUGUUGCUCAUCCAGUAUGAGAGGCUUCAUGGAGUUCAGUCCUCAGGAGUUCUCAUCAUCUUCUGGUUCUUGUGUGUGCUGUGUGCUGUGAGCCCUUUACGGUCCAAGAUCAUUGGUACUGCAGCUCAGAACCCGAUGGAAGACAGAUUUCGGAUUAUCACAUUUUAUCUAUACUUGGCACUGAUCCUUGUAGAGUUGGUUCUUUCGUGUCUUAAAGAAAAGCCUCCAUUUUUCUCUCCGGUUAACUUAGACCCUAAUCCCUGUCCAGAGUUAAAUUCUGGUUUCCUUUCGAAGAUCACAUUUUGGUGGUUUACAAGUAUGGCAAUCCAGGGAUAUAAGAAGCCUCUUGAAGAUAAAGAUUUAUGGUCUCUGAAUGCGGAUGAUAAAUCUGAAGUGAUAGUGCAGAAGCUGCAGAAAGAGUGGGAUAAGCAAAAUCAAGAAGUGCAACAGAAAAAAGAUAUAUCCUAUACAAAAAGCUCAAACCAAAUAGAGAACCAUGUUGGUGAUGGCCUUGAGGAAACAGAAAUCCUGAUAAGUAGUAACACAAAGCAGAAAGAACCAUCUUUUCUCAAAGCCUUACUCAGGACCUUUGGACCAUACUUCUUGAUCGGCUCCUUCUUUAAAUUAAUUCAAGAUCUGUUGUCUUUCGUCAACCCCAAGUUGCUAGGUCUGUUAAUUGGCUUCAUUAAGAAUAAAAGCGCUCCCUUAUGGUGGGGAUAUCUGACUGCAGCUUUGAUGUUUUCCUCUGCCGUGCUUCAGACGAUAAUCCUUCACCAGCAUUUCCAGUACUGCUUUGUUACUGGGAUGAGACUGAGAACGGGCAUCAUCGGGAUGAUCUACAGAAAGGCUUUAGUCAUCACCAACUCAGCAAAGCGCUCUUCCACUGUUGGAGAAAUUGUCAACCUGAUGUCAGUGGAUGCCCAAAGAUUGAUGGAUCUGACUACCUUCCUAAACAUGGUGUGGUCUGCACCGCUCCAGAUAUGCCUAGCUUUAGCCUUUCUCUGGCAGGAAUUAGGGCCGUCUGUGCUGGCAGGAGUUGCUGUGAUGGUCUUACUCAUCCCAUUUAAUGCUGUAAUAGCUAUUAAAACCAGAGCACUCCAGGUGCAACAGAUGCGCUACAAAGACUCCCGCAUCAAGCUAAUGAAUGAAAUUCUAAAUGGCAUAAAGGUACUCAAGCUCUAUGCUUGGGAACCAUCCUUUGCAGAAAAAGUUCUGGAGAUAAGGAAGAAUGAACUGCAGGUUUUGAAGAAAUCAGCCUACCUAAAUUCUUUGUCAACAUUUGCAUGGAUCAGUGCACCGUUUCUGGUUGCCUUGACCACCUUUGCCGUUUACGUCACCGUAAAUGAAAACAACAUCCUUGAUGCAGAAAAAGCCUUUGUGUCUCUCUCCCUCUUUAAUCUCCUCAGGUUCCCGCUCAAUAUGCUCCCCCAGGUCAUUAGCAACAUCGCACAGACGAGCGUUUCACUGAAGAGGAUUCAGCACUUCUUGUCAAAUGAUGAACUUGAUCCAGGCUGUGUUGAAACCAAGUUAAUUACUCCAGGGUAUGCUGUUACUGUAAGAGAUGGAACAUUCAGCUGGGCAAAGGAUCUUGAGCCAGCUCUGAAAGACAUCAAUUGGUUGGUCCCUAGUGGUUCUUUGGUGGCUGUUGUUGGACAUGUUGGCUGUGGGAAGUCAUCCUUGGUGUCUGCUCUUCUUGGAGACAUGGAGAAGCUCCAUGGGAACGUGGCCGUGAAGGGUUCAGUCGCUUAUGUUCCCCAGCUAGCCUGGAUCCAGAAUGCCACCUUGAAAGAUAACAUCUUGUUUGGCCAUCUUCAUAAUGAGAAGAAGUACCAAACUGUCUUAGAGGCAUGUGCUUUGAAGCAAGAUCUCGAUAUGCUUCCAGGGGGAGAUCAGACUGAGAUAGGCGAGAAGGGCAUCAAUCUCUCAGGUGGCCAGCGGCAACGAGUGAGCCUUGCCCGUGCUGUUUUCAGCGAGGCUGAUGUUUAUUUGCUAGACGACCCCCUUUCAGCUGUGGAUUCCCAUGUGGCCAAACACAUAUUUGACAAAGUUAUUGGACCAGAAGGAAUGCUUAAAGGAAAAACUCGAAUUCUGGUGACCCACAGCAUCAAUUUUUUGCCACAGGUAGACCACAUUGUUGUACUUAUAGAUGGCAAAGUCUCUGAAAUGGGGUCCUACCAAGAGCUUUUGCAACAAAACCAGGCUUUUGCAGAGUUCCUCCGCAAUUUUGCACCUGAUGAAGACAUAGAAGAAGAUGAGCCUACAAUGGAAGAUGAGGAGGUCCUGCUUGCUGAAGACACACUCAGCAACCACAUAGAUCUGGCAGACAAUGAACCAGUGACAAACGAAGUCCGUAAGCAAUUCCUAAGAGAGCUGAGUGUAAUAUCUUCAGAUGGGGAAUGCCCUGGUAAAAUGUCAAUGAAAAGAAGAGUGUGUGAGAAAAAGCCACCUGAGACAACUCAACCCAAGAAAAGUCCUAACAAACUCAUUGAGGCAGAAACUGCUGAAACUGGCACGGUCAAGCUGACUGUUUUCUGGCAAUACAUGAAGGCUGUUGGCCCCCUAGUUUCUUUAUUUAUAUGUUUCCUGUACUGCUGUCAAAAUGCUUCUGCAGUCGGGGCCAACGUGUGGCUCAGUGACUGGACCAAUGAACCGGUAAUAAAUGGCACUCAGCGCAACGUGGGCAAGCGAGUCGGAGUCUAUGCUGCCCUGGGUCUCUUGCAAGGGGUUUUUGUGCUGAUCUCCUCUUUUACUCUGGCAAUGGGUGGCAUCAGAGCGGCUCGUACUCUCCACUCCGGAUUGCUGGAGAACAAACUCCACACCCCACAGUCUUUCUAUGACACAACUCCAAUUGGCCGAAUCAUCAACCGCUUCUCGAAAGACAUCUAUGUGAUUGAUGAAGUGAUACCGCCAACUAUCUUGAUGUUCCUAGGAACCUUCUUUGUUUCUGUGUCAACGAUGAUUGUGAUCAUAGCAAGCACCCCACUCUUUGCUGUGGUUAUAAUACCUCUGGCAAUCCUAUACUUCUUUGCCCAGCGGUUCUAUGUAGCUACCUCUCGCCAACUGAAGCGGCUGGAAUCCGUCAGCAGGUCUCCCAUAUAUUCUCAUUUUUCGGAAACCGUCACAGGAGCAAGCGUCAUCCGAGCUUAUAGAAGAGGAAAGGCUUUUGUUCGCCUCAGUGACAUGAAGGUGAAUGACAACCAGAGAAGUCACUAUCCUGGAAUUGUGUCCAACAGGUGGCUGGGAAUUAGAGUUGAAUUUGUAGGGAACUGCGUCGUAUUUUUUGCAGCCCUUUUUGCUGUGUUAAGUAAAAACAGCCUGAGCCCUGGCCUGGUUGGACUUUCCGUGUCCUAUGCAUUGCAGGUGACAAUGUCUCUGAACUGGAUGGUAAGGAUGACAUCAGACUUAGAAAGCAACAUUGUGGCCGUAGAAAGAGUUAAGGAAUAUUCUGAAACUGAAACUGAGGCUCCCUGGAUAAUCGAAGACAAAAGACCACCAGAAGACUGGCCCACUCGGGGCGAAGUGGAGUUUGCAAACUAUUCUGUAAGGUACAGGAAAGGCUUGGACUUGGUGCUGAAAGACCUCAGCCUCAAUGUGAAAGGUGGAGAAAAGGUUGGGAUUGUUGGAAGAACUGGGGCUGGCAAAUCGUCUAUGACCCUCUGCCUCUUCAGGAUCCUAGAAGCUGUGGAGGGGGAAAUCAAAAUCGAUGGGUUAAGAAUCUCAGAGCUUGGCCUUCAUGACUUACGAUCCAAGCUGACUAUAAUUCCUCAGGACCCUGUUCUCUUUUCUGGAACACUCCGACUGAAUUUGGAUCCAUUUGAUAGAUAUUCCGAGGAGGAAAUAUGGAAAGCUCUUGAACUGUCCAAUUUGAAGAGGUUUGUCAGCAGCCAGCCAGCUAUGCUGGAUUACGAAUGCUCUGAAGGAGGAGAAAACCUUAGUGUUGGCCAAAGGCAGCUUGUUUGCUUAGCAAGAGCUCUUCUCCGCAAAACCAAAAUCCUGGUUCUGGAUGAAGCUACCGCAGCAAUCGACCUUGAGACAGAUGAUCUCAUUCAGAUGACAAUAAGAACACAGUUUGAAGACUGUACUGUGCUGACAAUAGCACAUAGGCUGAAUACAAUUAUGGAUUACACCAGAGUCCUUGUUCUAGAAAAAGGAGCAAUUGCCGAAUUUGACACACCUUCGCGUCUUAUAGCAUCCAAAGGAAUUUUCUAUGGCAUGGCAAAGGAUGCUGGAUUGGCAUAACAGGACAGCUGCUAUAUCUCACCAAAGGACUAGUUACUGGGGUUCUUUUUUAAAAAACCCACAAGCAAUACCUGAAUGUACUGUACUUUUCAAAACAGCAUUUUUAUUUUUAUUUUUGCGAUACGGAAUCAAAAUGUUUCAUAUGCCUAUGAGAACCAGAAAAUUUAAUUUUUAUAUUUUUAAAAAUAUUUUCUACAUACAGAAGUAUUUUUUUUACCUGACAUCUUACCGAAAAUGGAUGUGAGUGUGUGUAUGCAUAGCACUUAACUGUAUUCUUUUUAUCUUAUAUAGUCAAUUACAGCUAGCGAUACAAAAGCACUGGCAUUAUCCGUCCAUUCAUUUUCUGUUAAGUAAAAUGAAUCCAUGAAAUGCG